AAUACACAUUAAUGUGGGUACAAAAUGGGGCAAGAAAAAAUGAGACCAGCUUGAAGAUUCUGCAUCCUUAUUAUUAUUCCUCACACCCUCAUGACGAGGUUGCAACUCUGAAUACGAGAAGUCGUAGGAACAGCCAACACUUAACAACAAAUCCAGAUUCACUCUUUCAUUCAUACACUUGUUUCAUCAAUUAUCUCCAAAAUCCACACCUACUAGUCAAUAAUACUAUCUUUGAGUACACUUUUUCUUCUUCUCUCACUGUUCACUCUCCUUCCUUCACUCCAUUGACUCUGCACCACCCCUUUCAUCUUUGGUUGGUAAGAUCACCAAAAUGGGAAAAAUAAAAAUCCUACCUUUUGCUUCUGUUCUUUAGAAAAUCUCUGUUUUGUUUUUUAAUACCCAUGUGCUGUAUUUUUGUUGUUCCCAACAUCACAUGUUCGAAUGUUGAUUUGGCACCCCCGAUAGAUCUCAUAUUGUGGCACAGAAGUUUCUGAAAUUUUUAUGACCAUGUGAUGAAUUUCACUCCUUUUUUUUUCAUCUUUUAACCUCCCAUCUUUUAUAUUUUUCGCAUUUGGGGAGAGUUUAUGUUUCUAGAGAGCCAUCCUUGGAUUUCGCACAGAGGAAGAAAAUCGAAGAGGAGAGUAGAGGGCGUGGCGACUUCGUCUGAGUCGGAAGGGCUUCCCAUAGUGGCCGGUGUUGUCGGCGGCGACUGCGUCUGAGCAAGGAAGGUGUGACCACAGGUUUUGCUGAUUUAUGAGAACACCACAUCUAUAAAUUGAAGUUCUUGCAAAUUAUACGCAAAUAAAUGAGGUUGUGAGGCAUGGUUAUAUGAAACUUGAGCAACUUUUACAUGUGACAAGGUUCUAGAUGCCGCUGAAGCUUCUGAAAAACAAACUCUUUCUGCCACUUCCAAAGCUACAUCAAGAGUGGUUUCUAACAGUGGUGACUUCCUUCACAUUCAAAAUUGGAUCUUACACAGAACCAAGAGGCUGGUUGCCGUAAAAGUUUUUUUUUUUUUUCUUUGGUUUUGAUUUGUAAUUGUGAGCAAGAUGCAAUCUAGGGGUGUGGCCCUUGAAGAGGGAAAGGAAAGAAGCAGCCAAUCGAAGCCUCUGAGACCACUGCGGCUACUUGUGUUGUUUUUUUCUCUCUGUGUUGUGUUUUCGGUCAUUAGCAUAUACACAGUUAAGCAUUUUGGAAUUGAGAGUGUAGCGACUACAAUGAGUUCUAAUUUUCAGCCAUGUUAUUAUGAGGAACAUGGUGGUUUGGAUAAGUGGAUUAGACCACCUUUGAGCCUGAUCCACAACAUGAGUGACAAAGAACUGCUGUGGAGGGCUUCUUUUGUUCCAAGGAUCAAGGAUUAUCCAUAUCCUAGAAUUCCCAAGAUUGCAUUCAUGUUCCUGACCAAGGGACCAUUGCCUCUGGCACCCCUUUGGGAGAGAUUUUUCAAGGGGCAUGAGAAGUUGUUUUCCAUAUAUAUUCAUUCACUGCCCUCAUAUCAACCUCAGUUUCCUCCUACAUCUGUCUUUUACGGCAGGCAAAUCCCUAGCCAGGUUUCUGAGUGGGGAAGGAUGAGCAUGUGUGAUGCUGAAAGAAGACUCCUUGGUAAUGCAUUGCUUGACAUGUCCAACGAGUGGUUCAUACUUGUCUCUGAGUCAUGCAUUCCCCUCUACAACUUCAGUUUUAUCUACCAUUACACAAUGAAGUCCAAACACAGCUUCAUGGGUGCAUUCGAUGAUCAGGGUCCAUUUGGAAGAGGGCGCUACAACGAGAACAUGGCCCCUCUGGUGAACAUCACUGAGUGGCGCAAGGGCUCGCAAUGGUUCGAAGUGAACCGGAAGCUCGCCGUCACCAUUGUUGAAGACACGAAGUUCCAUCCGGUAUUCGAGCGAUAUUGCCGGCCGGCGUGCUACGUCGACGAGCACUACUUUCCGACGAUGCUCACCAUUCAAGCUGCAAAUGUUUUGGCCAAUAGAAGCUUAACUUGGGUGGACUGGUCUAGGGGUGGAGCUCACCCAGCUACAUUUGGAAGAAAUGACAUCACUGAGGAGUUUUUCAACAGCGUACGAGGAGGUUCUACAUGUUUGUACAACAAUAGAAACUCUUCUGUUUGUGUGCUUUUCGCCAGAAAAUUUGCUCCUAGUGCUUUGGAACCUUUGUUACAAAUGGUGGAUUCAAAGGUAUUGAACUAUUGACAUAUAUUUUGUUGUCACUUUCCAUUGAAACUUGAGGGAAAAUAGAGAUGUAGAAUAAAGUGCUUAGAUAUACUAGUGAGAUUCAUGAUGACUUAUGGGACGUGUCAACACCCAAUUUCGUCAUGAUAAUUACAUUGUUGGAGAGUGCUAGGUGGUAGAGUGACCCCAUUUCAUACACAAGUUGAGUCAUUUUUGAAUGUACAAAAGAGACCUGUUUGAUCAUACUUUUGUUUAAUAUUAACUCCAUGGAUCUUUGUUCUUC